AUGGCAGGUUAUGGCGGGGGCUACGGCCAGGCCAGACAUGGACUCAUGGUCGAGGAAGAGGACGACGAAGAUCUGUAUGAAGGGUUCAACUUCAGCAUCGAUCUCGCGCCUCCGCAGACGGCGGCGACCACCAACUACAUGUCGUCGUCCUACGGUGCUCCAGCUUCUAGAGGAGGCUACAAUCCACCAGGAACGGCCUUCAGAGCACCACCGUCGCAAAUGGGGAGACCAAUUCCGGGCUCACGCAUGGGCACAGCCCAACAAUCAAGUGACGCACGACCCAUGACUUCCGUGUCUGGAGCAGGAUUCUCGUCGAAUCCACGUACUGCCGGGGGUCAGAGAAUGUUUGAUCCUAUGGGUGAAUCUCGAAAAGCUGGCGCAGCCCCUGCUUUGGUAGAGAAAACUGAAAACUCCCCAAAAGAAGUGGCAAAAGAACUGGAACGGACAGUAAACGCGCUGAUCGAGCAAUCAGCCGAGUUGAUUGCCAAGGAACAGUACGAAGAAGCGCUACAUUCAGCCAAAGAUGCUGGACGCAAGGAACGAGCAUUCAACAAGCACUGCGAGCUCAAUGGAUUGGCGGAUAUGCUCAACAUCGACUUAACUUAUGCAGUUUUUUUCAAUCUCGCAAAUGCGUAUCAUUUGAAUGGACUGUGGAAAGAAGCCAUUCAGUCGUAUACGCCGAUAGUAAAGAACAAACAGUACGCUCAAGGCGGUCGAUUGAGAGUUAAUAUGGGCAACAUUUACUUUGAACAACAGCAGUAUCCGACGGCUAUCCGAAUGUAUCGCAUGGCUCUGGAUCAGAUUCCGAACACCAGCAAGGAAGUGCGCUACAAGAUCAAACGGAACAUUGGAGGAGCGCAGAUCAAGCUCGGACAUUACCAGGACGCAGCAGCCACGUUCGAAGAUAUCAUGGAAGGCAACGCCGACUUUCAGUCGGGUUUUAACCUCAUCAUUUGCUACUACGCUAUUGGAGAGCAUGAAAAGAUGCGACGAGGAUUCACGAACCUCAUCACGAUCCCGAUGGAAGGAAUGUCCGAGGAAGACGAAGACGAGUCCGGACUGGCCAACGAGUCGAAGCACAACGAUGAUACCCACACGUCUUCGAAAGAACACCUUCAUUCACUCAAGACUGACGGGUUGAAAGCGGAGAUCCGAGCGAGGAGGAAGAAAGCCAUGGAGUACAUUUUAGUGGCUGCAAAGCUGUGUGCUCCUGCGCUGGACAAGAAGGACUGGUUAGCAGGUUUCACGUGGGUUAUCGACGCGUUAAAGCAGGAAAGCCACGAAAGUUUAGCGAGCGAAAUGGAGAUCUGUAAAGCUCAUUGGUUCUUGAAAGAAAAAGAGUUCGACAAGGCAAUCGAAGUUCUCAAGGCUUUCGAGAAGAAAGACCCCGCACACAAAGCCAUGGCCGCUACAAACUUGAGUUACCUUUACUUUGUGGAAGGCGAUACGGCUCAAGCGGACAAGUACGCGUCGUUGGCGGUGCGACACCAACGAUACAACGCCAAAGCUUUGGUAAACAAAGGCAACUGUCUGUACGUUAAAAACGAAUGUGAGCGAGCGAAGGAGCUCUUUCUCGAGGCUAUCGGCGUGGAAGCAGACUGCAUCGAAGCUAUCUACAAUCUUGGCUUAGUAAAUAUCAAGAUGGGUGUACUAAAUGAAGCGCUACAAGCGUUCGAGAAGCUUCACAGUAUUGUCCCGACGAACGCAGAAGUACUGUACCAGAUCGCAAACCUGCACGACAUUAUGGGCAACUACCGCCAAGCAGCCAAGUGGUUUAAUAUCCUCCUCUCAUGCUUUGGUAGUAACGAUAAACGAGACCGGAAUACCAAGAACGUGGCCGACCCUGGAGUUCUCGCUCGCCUGGGUCAAAUCUUCAAUAAGGACGACGACGAGACCCAAGCUUUCCACUACCAUCUUGAAUCGUAUCGAUACUUCCCCAUCAACUUGGAUGUCAUCUCCUGGCUUGGAGUCUGGUACGUCAAGAGCGAGUUGUAUGAAAAAGCCAUCCAGUUCUUCGAACGGGCCAGUCAGAUCCAGCCCAAUGAGGUCAAAUGGAGACUUAUGGUCACGAGUUGCUAUCGACGUAUGGGUGCCUAUCAGAAGGCCAUGGUGCUCUACGAACAGAUCCAUCAAGAUUAUCCUGAGAACCUCGAGUGUUUGAGAUAUCUCGUUGCUAUUUGUAAGGAUCUUGGUCAACGUUGCGACGGGUUUCAAGCCAAAUUGGCCAAACUCGAACGUGACAAUGCUGUUAACGUUCAGAUGCCACCACAGCUAGCGCAACCUGUAGGCAACGGCCACUCACGGAACUCCAGUGGUGACAACGAUGAUUCACGAACUCAAUCUUCUUACCAGAGACCGCAGGAAAUUCAACGACAAGAUAGUCGAGGCGCUUCGUCUUCUGUUUAUGGAAAUGGUAGCAGCACGCCGGAGUCACGAACACGUGAGAGCGACGACAACCGAAGCGAUUUUGUUGCACCGCCACCAAUGCAGACAGUAGCACCUACUACAUCAAGGGCACCGCAGAUUCAAAAGCGACCGAGCAAACACGAAGAGACGGAUGAUUGGGGAGAUGCUGAUGUGGGUGACCUCUUAGGAGACUAAAAGCAGGGGAUUGUUGAAAUUGUAAGAGGCCAUCGAAUAAUGGUAAACACGAACCAUUUCAAAAUGCUA